CACGAUGACCCUGUACCUCAGGCAUUACUGGAAGGACGAGCGCCUGUCGUUCACCAGCAGCACCAAUAAGAGCAUGACGUUCGAUGGCCGUCUGGUGAAGAAGAUCUGGGUCCCUGAUGUCUUCUUCGUCCACUCCAAGAGGUCCUUCAUCCACGACACCACCACGGAGAACAUCAUGCUGCGGGUCUUUCCUGACGGACAUGUCCUCUACAGCUUGAGAGUGACAGUGACAGCAGCCUGUAACAUGGACUUCAGCCGCUUCCCUCUGGACUCUCAGACCUGCUCCCUGGAGCUGGAGAGCUACGCCUACACAGAUGAAGACCUGAUGCUGUACUGGAAGAGCGGGGAUGAGUCUCUGAGUACCGACGAUAAGAUCUCUCUGUCUCAGUUCCUCAUCCAGAAGUUCCACACCACGUCUCGCCUGGCCUUCUACAGCAGCACGGGCUGGUACAAUCGUCUGUACAUCAACUUCACGCUGCGCCGCUACAUCUUCUUCUUCCUGCUGCAGACAUAUUUCCCCGCCACGCUCAUGGUGAUGCUCUCAUGGGUGUCCUUCUGGAUCGACCGCCGCGCUGUGCCGGCCAGAGUCUCCCUGGGCAUCACCACGGUGCUGACCAUGUCCACCAUCAUCACUGGAGUGAAUGCGUCCAUGCCCCGGGUUUCCUACAUCAAGGCAGUGGACAUCUACCUGUGGGUCAGCUUCGUCUUUGUCUUCCUGUCUGUGUUGGAAUACGCCGUCGUCAACUACCUGUCCACCGUCCAGGACCGGAGAGAGCGCAAGAUGAGAAUGAGAGCACGAUCUCAG